CAGGAGGAGAUAGCACACUCCAGCACUUUAACCUGGCUGUAGAUGAACCAGAAAUGAUGUGAAUAAAAUACAAAAAGAACCAUCAGAGAUAAGCGAUCAUAGCAGGAAAUGACGGGACGCGUAAAAGUCGUGUGUGAUUUGUUUACUCUCUUGGGACAUAAAAUCUGAAUCAAAUCAGCAAGGCUGGAUCAUCAUGAGCAGCUAGAACGACUAGAAAAGACUUCACAGCAUCAUAAGAGUUUCUGCAAUGGAGAAAGCAAACAUCACUCACUUGGCUGCUGUGUUCAUGAACCCCCAUAAUCAAGUGCCCGUUCUCGAUGUCCAUGAUACUGUAGACACAGACUUUUACGACAUGGACUACGGCGUACCUGCAGAGGAGAUGCCGGACACUACGCAGGGGCUGGCGUACUAUGUGGCCACCAUUGUCAUUGGAGUAGUCCUCGUCUGCAUCAUACUGGUGUGUGGCUUUGGCAAUUUAUUGUUCAUAGUCACUCUAGCCCGAUACAAAAAACUCAGAAACCUCACCAAUUUACUCAUCGCUAACCUGGCCAUCUCUGACUUCAUAGUGGCCGUGGUCUGCUGCCCUUUCUUGGUGGAUUACUAUGUGGUUAAACAGCUCUCCUGGGACCACGGGAAAGUUUUGUGUGCCUCUGUCAACUACCUGAGGACUGUGUCUCUCUAUGUGUCUACAAACGCCUUACUGGCCAUCGCUGUCGACAGGUAUAUGGCAAUUGUUCACCCAUUAAGGCCCAGAAUGAAGUACCAGACGGCAUACUGUCUCAUAUUUGGCGUGUGGAUUGUUCCAGUGCUUAUUUCCAUACCGUCGGCUUACUUUGCUUCUGCGACCAAGGUUCCUCACGGUGCCAACCGCAGCCAAACCUUCUGCGCCCAGAUUUGGACAGUUGAUCAACAGCUAUAUUACCGCUCCUACUACUUGUUCAUCUUUGCCGUGGAGUUCGUCGGCCCGGUGCUCAUAAUGGCCAUGUGCUACUUGCGAAUAUCCAGGGAACUCUGGUUCAAGAGCGUUCCGGGUUUCCAGACGGAGCAGAUCCGGAAGCGACUACGUUGUCGCAGGAAGACGGUCAUGGUUCUCAUUGGGAUCCUUACGGCAUACAUCCUCUGUUGGGCUCCGUACUACGGCUACACAAUCCUGCGCGAUUUUUACCCGACGCUCAUCUCCAGAGAAAAGAACUCUCUAGUGGCUUUCUACAUCAUCGAGUGCAUCACCAUGAGCAACAGCAUGAUCAACACCUUCUGCUUUGUCAGCGUGAAGAACAACACCGUGAAGUAUUUCAAGAGGAUUGUCCUCCUACGAUGGAAGUCCUCCUACACCUUGAGGAAGACUGUCGAUGAGACAGACGUAAACCCCAAUCUUAGUGAAUGUAGAAAGGGAGCCGAACUGAGUGGUUUUCAUGUCACCCACAUUACAGAUGAUUAAAGACCACUACAUAUACCGCUUGCAAAGGAAGCAUUGUUCAGUUGAUUAAACAAUCUUACGAUCUCAGUUUCUUAAAACCAACCAUGUCAUUGUAUUAUCUCAGAGGUGACUCCACAGUACGGACAAACAUUUGUGUUUCAAUUACAAUUAUAUAAUCCAUUAUAUCAUUUUCUGAAGAGAAAUCUAUGUGUCAACAAGUGAACUAUAUUUCAACCAUGAAUCUGUAACCAGAUCAAAAUCCUGUGUCUAAUAUUGUGGUGAGAUCUUUUUCUCUGUGAAAUGUGCCAUAUUCAUACUUUGUAUAAGGACAAUGAUUAUUAAUUUAUUCCCCACCCGCUUUGACCUUUUUUGUGAUUUGUGAAAUAUUCUUCUAUAAAUAUAUAAACAAACAAUAUAUUUAAAAUGAAAGAACAGACCCUCUGCUUUUAAACAAUCAAACAAAUAAACAAAAUGGAAAAAAAUAAUCUUAUCUUCAUUUGUUCUCUUUUUAUAACCUCUUAAAUAUGGGUAAGUUUCUUCAAAAAUACAAAAUUUUGAGCAAAAAGCUGAGAUUAUUGCAUUUUUGUAAAGGACUUUUGAUAGAGAUCAGAUUCAGAACGAUGAUCAAAACAUACACAGAGUUUACAAUGUUGUUGAAUAGCUGAUGCUUUAGUUUUUUAAAUAUAAAUCAGGUAAGAAUUAUAUGGAAUUACAGAUUACCGUAAAAACUUGUCAAGGAAGCGUCACUGGCCUUGAAAUAUUUUCUUUAUUUAAGAGAAAACUUGUUAGCGGGGGGGAAAGAGUUAAAGUUGUUUUCCACAAUUUUAGGGGCAUUUUGAAUCAGUGACUGAUGAAUUGUCUCCAUAGGCAUUUGUAUAAAAGAGUUGAAGCAUGAACCACCUCUGGUAUGAAUCCAAAUAUUGGUUCAAAGAAAAUAGUUCUUGAAAAUAAGACAAGUAUACAAGUUCUGAAUAAACUAUUAAAACCUUAAAGCUACAUCAAUCACAUGAUUGCAUCAAAUGAGAUGUUUCAAUUUAAAAAUGAUUAUUUAUAGUCAUUGGUCCUACAGUAUAAAAGUGUAAAACAUUCAUAAACUGUAAAAAGUAUAAAAUUUAUUUUAUAUGUAUUGCAACAGACACAAACACAAAUGUUGUAGUUUGAGAAUGUAUGGAGCCAGAAUUGUAUUUCACUAUGCUCAGCUUUUGUUGGAGUUUCCAUAGUAACAGUGAUAAUUGUGGGUAACAAUGUUGCUUUUAAAGUUGCAGAAUUUUAGCAGAAUUUGUAGAAAUAUGGUUGUAGCCUAUUUGCAGAUGUAUGAUUGAACCACCACUGUGCAAGACUUUUUUAAUACUUUUUUGGUAUCAUAAUUACUUGCUGUCUUUUGUGUUGUUAAUAUUGUGUCUGCAUG